AUGAAGGCCCCGACUGAAAUACCCUUCCAGUCAUGGCCCACCAUUCCCACCUGCCAAUCACUGUGCCCGUCAUCACCGUCUUCUGCCAAACUGAAGCGACGAACACCCUCGUCGACUCUGUCACUACAGACUCGAAGCCGUAAGGCCGCGGCUCUAGCUAAGACUGAGAACAACAUCUCGAACAGAGAGACAGCCUCAUUGUCUCUGCUCUCCCCUGUUUCUGAACCAGCCCCACUGUCACAUUCACCUACACCACUACCAACCCGUGCCUCAUUGCCGAGUACACCACCGGUCACAUCGUCUGAAUGUCACAUGCCAUCCGUCUCAUCUUCUGACACCAACACUGAUUCCUCAUCCACACCCCCCGAUUACCGCCGCUCUCAUGCAAUGGCCAAUGGCACCGCUGCAUCUGUCGAGCAGGACGCUCCCACAAAGGUCCCGAUUCUCCUGAAAGGAGACAUCACACUGGCUGUCAUGCGCGAAUACGAGGAUGCCUGCAAAGGCUACUUCGAGCACAAGUCUGUCGAUGCUGCAACACAAGUCCGCAAGAUAAUUGCGGGCCUCAAGUACUCGUGCAUCAAAGACUGGAUCACUGGUGACUGCAACCGCAUUCAGGCAUUAUCGUUCAACGAGUUCAUGCACGAAUUUCGGUCUAACUACCUCGAGGAGGACUGGGAGGACGAUGUUCAUUGUGAACUCCUCAGCAUGUCAAUGACCAUCGGAUCCUUCUGGGAUUUUGCUGUUAAGGUCCAGGCCAAGAACUCACUACUCGUAGGCACCGCUUCUCACCUCGAUGAGAAGAAACUCCGUCACCAGCUCGAAGCAGGCAUGACCAAACACCUCGCAAAGAAAUGCAGUGUCGAGAAGGUCAACAAGGUUCUCAAUUUCCGCAAGUGGUUACAGGAUGUCAAACGAGUAGAUGAGGUGAUCCGUACCGAUUUGAAAGAGUUCGAACACAUCGCGCGCGAGAACCGCAAUGCCAAUCGCUGCAUGUACCCUCUCUCCAAGCCGUCUCGAUGUGGAAACACGGCAUCAGCUACCGCGAGGUAUGCGCCCACCAAAGGUGGCUCCACAUUGGGCCAAUCCACUGGUAAAUGUCCCCCGCUGAAAGAUACAGAGCAUCAGUUCCUCUAUGACAAUGAGGGAUGUCUGAAGUGCCGCCGCCUUUUCGCAGGUCACAUCUCUCACGACUGCCCUAAUGGUUUCCCGGAUCUGUCCACCUACAAGACGAUCACACAGGAGAUCGUCAACAAGCUCAAAGGCCAGCGCAAGCUGACGUGCACCACCACAGCGAUCUCGGCCGCCACUGUCAAAUCGGACGAGGAGCGAGAGAACUCCUUCUUGCACCCUGUGGCCGCCGUCAUGGGCAGUUCCCGUAUGCCAAUCGCGGCUAUGCCCAACAAUGAUUCCUCCAUACUGUCAGAGGAGGGCAAUAGUGAGAGCUUGGUAAGCCUAUUACUGUCCACUGUAGCUCCAAUUACCAUGUGCACCGUAGUCCGUAAUCACCCGCCCACCCCAGUCGAUGCACCAUUUCGAGUGCCCCACCUCGUGUGGCAUUGCGCAGCAUCGGGCCCUGCGCACUCCUUGCCUGUUACCUACAAUGCACUUAUUGACGACGGCUCUCACACAGUCUUAAUCCGUGAUGACUAUGUCGACCACCUCCAACUUCAUCAUCGCCGUCUUCCCAUUCCAGAACAUAUCGAACUCGCGAUGGAAGGAAAUGGCCAGAAAAUCAUUAUAAAGCUGUCAGAAUGGGUUCAUUUGUCUGUGUUUGAUCUGAUUUUGUCUUGGUCUGCAAAGUCUGUCAAUGACUAUCGCACACUCAACGCUAAUACAGUAUUGGAUUCGCACCCGCUACCUCGCGUGGAAGACAUCAUCGCCAACUGUGCCAAAGGUAAGAUAUGGAGUAAAAUGGACAUGACCAACUCAUUCUUCCAGACACGGGUACACCCCGAUGAUGUUCAUCUAAUGGCAGUAACUACUCCUCUGGGCUUGUAUGAAUGGCUCGCAAUGCCCAUGGGAUUGCGAAAUUCCCCGCCAAUACACCAGCGAUGUAUGACCGCCGCCCUUCGUGAGUAUCUUGGACGAUUCUGCCACAUUUACCUUGAUGACAUCGUCAUAUGGUCCGACUCCGUGGAGCAACACGCGGAACAUGUUAGACUGAUCCUAGCUGCACUGCGAAAGGCCAGGCUGUAUUGCAACCCAAAAAAAUGCGAGUUCUUCGUGCUGACCCUUGACUUCCUCGGGCACUGUAUCUCGGCCAAGAGCGUCGAGGCACAAACAUCGAAAGUGGACAGAAUCCUACAAUGGCCUGUACCACGGUCUGCUUCAGAUGUACAGUCCUUUCUCGGCCUUGUACGCUACAUCGCCGCAUUUCUGCCCAAGCUAGCCGACUUCACUACUGUUUUGACCCCCUUAACCACGAAGGAGUCCCGCCGACACUUUCCCGAAUGGAUGCCCACACACCAAUCAGCUUUCGAUGCCAUCAAGGCCCUUGUCAUCAGCAGGGAGUGCCUCACUGUCAUAGACCACUUGAACCCGGGUGACAACAAAAUUUUUCUAACUUGCGACUCUAGUGACUGGCACACUGGCGCAACGCUGAGCUUUGGUCCUUCUUGGGAAACUGCACGGCCCAUCGCCUUUGACUCCAUGCAACUGAAGGCCACAGAGAAGAAUUACCCUAUCCACGAGAAAGAGCUCCUCAUGAUCAUACGCGCGCUUAAGAAAUGGCGGUCUGACCUUAUGCCAAUGCCAGUUUUCAUUUACACCGAUCAUCGCACGCUCGAAAAUUUUGACACACAGCAUGACCUUUCAUGA